CUCAUUCACUGACCAGUGAACACAGUAGCCGCCAUAUUCGCAUCUAUGGCAGGGUAACGGUAACGCUGCAAAGCGCAUGGUCCCAUCAUUAACAUCAAAUACCCACGCACCCUUACCAAAAUCCCACUCCGAUAGUGGUCCUCGGUUUUCCACGCAUCUUCCAACACGAACGAUCAAGCCGAGCAGACGGGAUUUUACAGUGGGGGAAAGCAUGUACUUUGGAGCGGGGGUCUAGGUGGACUACGAUGCCUUAGAUUUAGAGAGGAAUCCUGGCAGAACAUGGAGAUAAACAACAUUAAUAGUGAGGUCAAUGGACAUCAGAUCAUGGAUGAGCCCAUGGAGGAGGGAGAGUGUUACACGCACUGUGAUGACGGGGCGUACAAAGAGAUUCCGAUCACUCACCAUGUGAAAGAAGGCUGUGAGAAAGCAGAUCCAUCACAGUUUGAACUCCUCAAGGUCCUGGGUCAGGGCUCUUUUGGCAAGGUUUUUCUAGUAAGAAAAAUUGUGGGUCCAGAUGCCAGUCAAUUAUAUGCAAUGAAAGUUCUAAAAAAGGCAUCUUUGAAAGUCAGGGACAGAGUUCGCACCAAGAUGGAGAGAGACAUCUUAGUGGAGGUCAAUCAUCCCUUCAUAGUGAAAUUGCACUACGCCUUUCAAACGGAAGGGAAACUGUAUUUAAUACUGGACUUUCUCAGGGGAGGAGAUGUAUUCACUCGCUUAUCCAAAGAGGUUAUGUUUACAGAGGAAGAUGUGAAAUUCUACCUUGCAGAGCUGGCCCUGGCCCUUGACCACCUGCACAACUUGGGCAUAGUUUACAGAGAUCUCAAGCCAGAGAACAUCUUACUUGAUGAAGCUGGACAUGUAAAGUUAACAGACUUUGGCCUGAGCAAAGAGUCAGUGGACGCUGAUAAGAAGGCGUAUUCUUUCUGUGGUACGGUGGAGUAUAUGGCCCCUGAGGUGGUCAACAGGAGAGGACACACACAGAGUGCCGACUGGUGGUCGCUGGGUGUAUUAAUGUUUGAGAUGUUAACGGGGACGUUACCAUUCCAAGGGAAAGACCGCAAUGAAACCAUGAACAUGAUCCUCAAAGCAAAGUUGGGAAUGCCUCAGUUCCUUAGUUUGGAAGCCCAGAGUUUGCUGAGGAUGCUGUUCAAACGUAACCCAACAAACAGACUAGGGGCCGGACCCGACGGUGUGGAGGAGAUCAAACGCCACGCUUUCUUCUCCACCAUCGACUGGAAUAAACUCUACCGGAGAGAACUGCAGCCCCCAUUCAAGCCGGCGGCAGGUAAACCAGACGACACGUUCUGUUUCGACCCAGAGUUCACUGCAAAGACACCCAAAGACUCCCCAGGUAUCCCCCCCAGUGCAAACGCCCACCAGCUCUUCAAAGGCUUCAGUUUUGUUGCUCCAACACCGAUGGAUGAAAACAAAAGUUCCCCACUCCUUACUAUACUCCCGAUAGUUCAGAUGCAUGCGGGGUCCAAGUUCUUGGAUCUCUACGAGCUGCAGGAGGACAUAGGAGUGGGCUCCUACUCCAUUUGUAAACGCUGUGUACACAGAGUCUCUGCCAUGGACUAUGCUGUGAAGAUUAUUGACAAAAGUAAGAGGGACCCUUCUGAGGAGAUUGAAAUCCUGAUGAGAUACGGCCAACAUCCUAACAUCAUAACUCUCAAGGAUGUUUAUGACGAGGGCAGGUAUGUUUACCUGGUGACGGAGCUGAUGAAGGGGGGAGAACUACUAGACAAGAUCCUCAGGCAGAAAUUUUUCUCCGAGCGAGAGGCCAGUGCUGUGCUUUACACCAUCACGAAGACCGUUGACUACCUCCACUGUCAAGGGGUUGUACACCGAGACCUGAAGCCCAGUAACAUUCUGUACAUGGACGACUCUGGGAAUCCAGACUCGAUCAGGAUCUGCGACUUUGGUUUUGCAAAGCAGCUUCGAGGGGGUAACGGCCUGCUCCUCACCCCUUGCUACACCGCCAACUUUGUGGCACCUGAGGUACUUAUGCGGCAAGGUUAUGAUGCAGCCUGUGAUAUAUGGAGCCUUGGAGUUCUAUUAUAUACAAUGUUGGCUGGGUACACACCAUUCGCAAAUGGGCCAAAUGACACACCAGAGGAGAUUCUGCUUCGAAUAGGCUCUGGAAAAUUUUCUUUGACAGGCGGUAACUGGGAUACUGUGUCAGACACCUCAAAGGACCUCCUGUCCCACAUGCUCCAUGUGGAUCCUCACCAGCGAUACACAGCAGAGCAGGUUCUCAAGCAUUCCUGGAUUUCCUGCAGAGAUGCACUGCCACACUUCCAGCUCACACGCCAUGAUGCACCACACCUCGUCAAGGGAGCCAUGGCUGCCACUUAUUCAGCGCUGAGCCAGAAGACAAGCCAGCCCGUGCUAGAACCUGUGGCCGCAUCCAGCUUAGCCCAGCGACGGAGUAUGAAGAAACUCACCUCAACCGACAUGUAGAACCCCCUGACACCCCCCCCCUCCCCCGCUCCCCCCACACACACACCCACACCCAUCCAUAUACAGGGAGCCUGUGCUUCCGUUUUGACCUCACUCAUACGGACCGAAGUCCUGGCCAGUCAAAGCUACCGUCUCCCCUUUUAACGUAUUUAUUUGACAAAACUAACACACACACACACACACACACACACAAUUUCAUGCACAUGCCCACCUGAUGCGGCUCCUAUGCGAAGACAUUGGCUCAAAGGCAAGACUAGAAACUAGUGUCUGUUACUGCUGGGGAGACAGACAUGUAUUUAUUUCCACAGCUUUCAUAUGCACUUGCCCUCCUCGCCUUUCAUUCUUUCUUCCCCAGGAAGAAACGCACCAGCUGAUGUUCUCCUUCACUGUGAUUGGCUGAAACAAUGCUGCUUGGGUAAACUGUGCCCCCCACCCCCACCCCACCUCCCACUGCUCUUCAUCUAUGUUCUGUCAUCCUCUCCACUUCAGUUCAUUCUCCUUCCUUGAUUGCAUUUGCUCGCUUAUUUUCUCCACAAAUAUGGAGUAAAGGAUGGUGUUACGAGGUCUGGCUAGAUGAUGUUGACUGAGGGUCAGCCACCAGGUGUUUUCUGACUCAAAGCCUAAAACAAACCAAAUGCUUCUUUUUGACAUACUGCUAAAUCUUAAGGAUCAAAAUUGUCUUCUCGCACUUUUGGCAGUAUAAAUGCAUGUGUGGACAGAUGCUGUAUUUCAUUAACCUUUAAGUCAUGUUUAUGAUGCUAAUGAUGUAUCUAAGGAGGUUAAAAAUGGCUGCAGAUGGACACAAUGUCUUGAAAUGAAUGUGAAACAGUGUGGUGACAAGAACAGAAGCUCAAAAUUGCACAUAUACAUAUGAUUUGCUAAUUUAUUUGGUACGCCUGGAUUAAACGAAUGUAGUGGCCUAUAAUAAUGAGGCUUUUACUGCAUCUGUUUCAGAGAGGUGGUGAUUUUCUUUUUGACGCACAUUUAUCGACAUUUUUUUUCCAUGUAUUGUGGACAAAGCAUCAGAUUUAACUAAACCUCUCUACCUUGGAAAAAAUGGAUCCAAUAAUCCUCAUAGUUAAUAUUUAUGGACAUUUGUUUGAUCCACGUGUACCUAGUACUUUUGCAAAAGAUUGUAUACAUUGUAUAUUCAUAUAUACAGUGAAGAUUCUGAAGAUGAAGAGCAUGUGUGGGAGCUGUAGAGACUUCUCUGGGGGGAAUGAAAUGUACCCCAUCAAACCAGAGAGGCUGAAUAAAAAAUAAAAUCCAUAGAUACCUGUAUAUCUCUUUAAAAGACAUUGUGGAAAUUGUAUGAUAUUGUAUUUAUUUCAUUUGAUUUUUAAGAUUCUAUUUUUCUUUCAAGUUCUGUAUAUAUUGACAUUAAAGAUCAUUAUUGACAUGCAUUCA